AUGCAGGACGCAACACAGGCCUCUGCCCUCGAGUCGACAGGCCUCUGGGUGAGCCCUGCUCCAGCUUUAAAUACAACUGACGCCACGCGAAUCCGCCUCAACGUCAUCUACCGUUGGAAGCGCAUUCGGGACCCGGAGACGUCUUUCGUGGUGGUUUUGCGCACUGUGGAGGCACCCUCGACGCCGCCGCAGCAACAACUGGCAGAGCUG